UCCCUAAACAAGCCAUGCCCGCCUUCUUAUACAAUCCACCUUGAUCCAAAUUUAAAACUUUAAUCCAGGUCCUCAUUUCAAUCGCCCUCUCACCACUAAAAUUAAAAUGGCCCAGCUCCUCAAACAAUCCGUCAAACUCGCCCUCAUCCAACUCGCCUGCACUGCCGACAAAUCGCACAACCUCUCGCACGCCCGCACCAAAGUCCUCGAAGCCAGCAAAACCGGCGCGAAAAUUGUCGUUCUCCCUGAAUGCUUCAACAGCCCCUACGGCACGAAAUACUUCCCGCAAUAUGCGGAGCAAUUACUCCCAUCACCGCCAACAGAAACCCAGUCCCCCAGUUUCCACGCGCUGAGCCGGUUAGCUCGAGAGGCGGGCGUAUAUCUCGUUGGCGGCAGUAUACCCGAAAAAGAGGCCUCUGGCAAGAAACUCUUCAACACCAGUCUAACUUUCGCGCCGAGUGGCGAGCUCCUCGCAAGCCAUCGAAAAGUGCAUCUUUUCGACAUCGACAUCCCGGGAAAGAUCACAUUCAAAGAAAGCGAUGUGCUCUCCCCGGGCAACAAAAUUACUCUCAUCGAUAUCCCCGAGUACGGGAAAAUCGCGGUGGCAAUCUGCUACGACAUCCGCUUCCCGGAACUAGCGACUAUUGCGGCGCGCAAGGGUGCGUUCCUGUUGCUUUAUCCUGGCGCGUUUAAUCUUACGACUGGGGCGUUGCACUGGGAGUUGCAGGCGAGGGCGAGGGCGAUGGAUAAUCAGGUUUAUGUAGGGUUAUGUAGUCCGGCAAGGGAUAUGAGCGCGGAGUAUAAUGCUUGGGGUCAUAGUAUGGUGGUGGGUCCGAAUGCGGAGGUGUUGGAGCAGUUGGAUGAGAAGGAGGGGAUGUGCGUGCAGGAGUUGAAGGCGGGAUGGAUUGAAGAGGUAAGGAAGGGGAUUCCGCUGUAUGGGCAGCGGAGGUUUGAUGUUUAUCCUGAUGUUAGUGCGGGGAUAGCGGGGGAGGGGAGGUAG